GCGCGGCGGGGCCGGGCGCGGCGGCAGCGGCGGGGCCGGGCCCGGGCCCGGGAUGGAGCCGGGGCUGGAGCGCUGGGCGUACGGCGCGCUGUGGGCGGCGCUGGCCGGCAGCCUGGCGCUGCGGGCGGCUCGGAGGGCCCUGGGGCCGGGCCGGGGGCUGGUGCUGCCUCUGGCGCUGCUGGCUGGGCUGCAGAGCCUGUGCCGAGCCUGCCUGCCGCUGCCCCUGGGGCUCGCCCUGGCCGCAGCUGCCGCCUGCCUGCUGCUGUGGCGGGCAUCGCCCCGCAGGCUGCUGCCGGUGGCGAGCAGAGCCGUGCUGGUUACAGGGCUCCACUCGGCUUUUGCAGGCUGUGACUCGGGCUUCGGGCAGGCAACAGCACAGCACUUGGACGCCAUGGGCUUUCGGGUGUUUGCCAGUGUUCUGGACCCUCAGGGUCCUGGUGCCCAGGAGCUGCGCAGGAGCUGCUCGCCAAGCCUGACGCUGCUGCAGAUGGACCUGACCAAGCCAGAGGACAUCCAGCAUGUCCUGCAGCACAUCCAGGCCCAUACCAACAGCACAGGACUCUGGGGCCUGGUGAACAAUGCCGGCUUCAACGACACCAUUGCUGACGCUGAGCUCUCACCGCUGGGCAAGUUUCGCACCUGCAUGGAGGUGAACUUCUUUGGUUCGCUGGAGCUCACCAAGGGACUGCUGCCCCUGCUCCGCUCUGCCGGCGGCCGCAUUGUCACAGUGAGCAGCCCUGCGGGUGACCUGCCCUUCCCCUGCUUGGCAGCCUAUGGGACCUCAAAGGCAGCCCUCAGCCUGCUCAUGGACACCUUCCGCAGCGAGCUCCAGCCCUGGGGUGUCAAAGUCAGCCUCGUCCUACCUGGCUACUACAAAACAGGGACUACAUGCAACCCUGCCUUCUGGAACCAGCAGAAGCAGCGGCUGGUGGCUAGCUUGCCCCAGGAGCUGCUGCAGGCCUAUGGUGAGGACUAUGUGGAAGAGAUCAACCGCCAGUUCAUACAGUUCAUGAAGGUGGCAGCGGAGGACCUCAGCGCAGUGGUGAACAGCAUCACAGACGGGCUCCUGGCUGCCAACCCAGCCGUGCGCUACUACCCAGGGCAGGGCCUUGGGCUCAUGUAUUUCAUACACCGCUACCUGCCCUAUUUUGUCCAAGACUUGUUCUUGAAAGGAUUUUUCAUCAACCCCAAGCUGCCCCGAGCGCUGCGUCGAGGGGACCACAACGACACGAAGGCAGCCUGACCUCAGCCCACACGCUGUCGCAGGGCAGGAGCCAGCCUUCUCCCAGGAUUUCCAGGCACACCAGCCCCCGAGCACAUGCGCACCUGCUGGCAUCAUCCUCCUGCACCGUGGGGGAACAAUCAGCACUAGAUGUUAAAAACCAAAUUGCUUUUGAAAAUCAAGCAGAUCUAUUUUCUAUUGUGCAAGAAUCAACAUUUUCUAGAGACCUUGUUUUUGUAUUUUUUCUAAACAUGCAUCCUCCAAGGGGGCAGCCCCUGCCUGACUCUGUAGCUCUGUACCAGAGGCUGGGAUGUACCUCUAGUGUUUCUCAGCUACCAAACAUCUUCCUCACUGCUGUCAGAGUUGCAAGCAUUUGUCUCCAUCUCCUCUUGGCUGAGUCAGGCCUGGGACCCUGUGGCCACUGCCAUGCCAGCCCCUGCCCUUCAUUACACACUCCAUGUACUCCUGGCAAGCAGAGGAGCCAAGGCCAGGCUGCAGAGCUCUUCAUGAGAUGAACUACAUGAUUAUUGCUUUUUAAAUAAAUCUGUUCUUGACAUGCCA